AUGAGAGAAAUUAUAAGCGUUCAUAUAGGUCAAGCAGGAAUUCAGGUGGGAAAUUCUUGUUGGGAGCUCUAUUGUCUUGAACAUGGCAUCCAGCCCGAUGGCAUGAUGCCUAGCGACACCUCAGUGGGUGCAGCACAUGAUGCCUUCAACACCUUCUUUAGUGAGACUGGUGCAGGGAAGCAUGUCCCCAGAGCUAUAUUUGUUGAUCUUGAACCAACUGUUAUUGAUGAAGUCAGAACAGGGACUUAUCGCCAGCUCUUCCACCCUGAACAGCUCAUUUCGGGAAAGGAAGAUGCUGCUAACAAUUUCGCAAGAGGCCAUUAUACAGUGGGGAAAGAGAUUGUUGAUGUAUGCCUGGACAGAGUGAGGAAGUUGGCCGAUAAUUGCACAGGUUUGCAAGGAUUUUUGGUGUUCAAUGCUGUUGGUGGUGGUACUGGUUCUGGAUUAGGUUCUCUUCUUUUGGAACGUUUGUCCGUGGACUAUGGCAAAAAAUCAAAGCUUGGCUUCACCAUCUAUCCUUCUCCUCAGGUGUCCACUGCUGUUGUGGAGCCUUACAACAGCGUUCUCUCGACUCAUUCCCUUCUUGAACACACAGAUGUGGCUGUGCUACUGGACAAUGAAGCAAUUUACGAUAUUUGUCGGAGAUCUCUAGAUAUCGAGAGGCCCUCCUAUACCAAUUUGAACCGGUUGAUUUCUCAAAUCAUAUCAUCCUUGACCACUUCUUUACGGUUUGAUGGGGCCAUUAAUGUGGAUAUUACUGAGUUCCAGACCAAUCUUGUACCAUACCCUCGUAUUCAUUUCAUGCUCUCAUCAUAUGCCCCUGUGAUCUCAGCCGAGAAAGCAUACCAUGAGCAGCUAUCAGUCCCUGAGAUUACUAAUGCUGUAUUUGAGCCCUCGAGUAUGAUGGCAAAAUGUGAUCCAAGACAUGGGAAAUACAUGGCUUGUUGCCUGAUGUACCGAGGAGAUGUUGUUCCCAAGGAUGUGAAUGCUGCCGUUGCUACUAUCAAAACAAAACGGACGGUUCAGUUUGUUGACUGGUGCCCAACCGGCUUCAAAUGUGGUAUUAACUAUCAACCUCCAACAGUGGUACCUGGCGGUGAUCUUGCCAAGGUGCAGCGAGCUGUGUGCAUGAUCAGCAACAACACUGCUGUGGCUGAAGUGUUUUCGCGCAUUGACCAUAAAUUUGAUCUGAUGUAUGCCAAGAGGGCGUUUGUUCACUGGUAUGUUGGUGAAGGAAUGGAGGAAGGUGAGUUCAGUGAAGCUCGUGAAGAUUUAGCUGCACUUGAGAAAGAUUACGAAGAAGUUGGUGCUGAGGGUGUAGAUGAUGAAGAUGAAGGCGAAGGCGAAGAUUAUUAA